AAUACGUAAACGGCCCUUUCCCCAUCGCCUUACGCCGAGGGUAGGGGGUGUGCAUAGGCAGAACAUAAGCUCUGCUUAAAACUUUCUUAAGUGAAAGUUCAUACUUACAUUUUUUUUGUGUUUUAAAACUCUUUUCACUCGCUUGUUUGAAGCGUGAGGAGCCUUUUCACCCAUUUUCCCAUCGUAUUUAACGCAGCGCAACUCGACACAAGAUGAUCGUCACAGGACCUGGAGCACUGCCCUUUGCCGUCCAACUGAAGGCCCUAACAGAUGUGGAGGGCCGAUACCAACCAAAGCUGAGCGGCUUGAGGCUCAUCGAAAGCUCCCAGGACAACGGCCUCAGGAUGACCAGCAGACUAAGAGAGCUGGAGGUGAAGGACCUGCUCUCUUUGACCAGGUUCUUUGGUUUCAGCUCAGAGACCUUCUCACUUGCCAUCAGCUUGCUGGAUCGAUUCCUCUCAGUAAUGAAGAUUCAACCAAAGCACCUUUCCUGCGUGGGCCUGUGCUGCUUCUAUAUUGCUGUGAAAUCCGCAGAGGAAGAAAAGAACGUGCCUCUGGCCAACGACCUGAUCCGCAUCAGUCAGAAUCGCUUCACAGUGUCUGACAUGAUGAGGAUGGAGAAGAUCAUCAUGGAGAAGCUCUACUGGAAGGUGAAGGCCCCCACAGCACUCCGCUUUCUCCGCCUCUUUCACAGCCACAUUCAGGAGCAGCUCGACGCUGAGAGCAAACAGAUACUGAGUCUUGAGAGACUGGAGGCUCAGCUGAAAGCUUGUCACUGCUCAUUUGUCUUCUCCAAAAUAAAGCCAUCCCUGCUUGCCAUGGCUCUGCUGUGUUUUGAGGCCCAGGAACAACAUGAGCCCGAGCACAGUGACAAAAUAUCAGAGGCCCUGAAACGUCUGCAGCAGCAGUUGAAUAUCAGAGAUGGGGACCUGGUUUGUGUGCGGGAGUUGGUCGGGAAAUGCCUUGCUGACUAUGCCACCACCAAGUGCUCCAGACCUAACUGCCAGAGACUUCGCUGGACUAUUUCGGGGAGAACUGCUCGUCAGCUGAAGCACAGCUACUACAAGAUCGCUCAUCUUCCAACCAUACCUGAGUCAGCUUGUUAAAAGCUCAGCGGUACAAAUAGGUGACCUUAUAUGCGGAGAAAUUGUACAACUGUGCCCAAACUCUCUCUGUUCUGAUUGGAUGUAAUGUUUGGGUGUAUGGUCACCUAAGUACCGCUCCUGUUAUUUUCCUUACAGAUCUUCAUUGGUGAUGAUGGAUUUCUUUAAGGAAAAAUACAAAUUACAGGUUUUCUCAAGUUUGUUUGUCAUCAUAUAGAGAUGAAGCACACAGUAUUUCAUCUUCCCCAAUAACACUGAGUAAUGCUUUGUCAGAAAGAUUAAUCUCCUGCCACCCUGCAAUAGAGUAACCUUAACUUUUACUUUCCUGAUUGAGUUUCUUGCACAAGUGUACAGUAUGUUCUCGUUUAAAUCCGUACCAAGAUGUUUGGCGUUUCCUGGAACGGGUUGCUGGUUUUAAGCAAAUAAGUAUAGAACCACCUAGGUCCUCAGUCCACCAUGUGGAAGAGGAGGGAGAAGGAUUUUGUGAACAGCACAAAUGGAACCAAGAAAUCGGGCCCAAAAUCCUUAACUCCCACCCUAGGUUGCUAAACUGUCCUGAUUGCACACUCCUGCCCAAGGUGAUGAUUUUUUUUGUUUUUCAAGCGAGGGAGCUCUGGUUUUCUCCAGUGAAGUGAGGCUAGUGACGAUCCAGUCUACUAUUUGAGCUGAAAUGUCAGCAGAGGUUACAGAUGAGUCGUUGUCACCGAUUCUUAAUUUGUGGACCCAGCACCACAUGUAUUGAUUUUCAGUUGUCAAUUAUGCAGAGAACACAAAAAAAAAUUGGUCAUUGCAGUGGAAAUGUGGAUUGGAAUUUGUCUUGCAUUUUCUUUGCCAGUUUCCCUGUCGUAUAAGUUUCUUUUAGUGAGGAAAAAAUUAAAAUGUGUUCUCAAAUUCAAAAUGGCAUAUUGAAUACACCAUCUGAUUAACCUAUGUACUUGUACCUUUCAAUAAAACUUUAUUGAAAAGCUA